AUACGACGUCGUUAGUAGAACGAGUUUGCCAAUAUACUGCAGUCAAACCCCCAUUUUCUCAGUUGGUCACAGUAGGAUCAGCCGUCUGUUACACGACUCUCUCUCGCUCUCUCUUUCCUUAUUCUGCCGCGGCCACUGCGUCUGCCUCGUUCUCGCGCUGGGAAUCGUUGUGCACCCAAUGACUUUUGAUCUAUUCAAGAUACAAUCAGUGCUUUUUCUCUUGUGCGAUUCUGGUUUCAUGAGCCGCGGCAGAUUGAGAUCGAAGAUCAAAUUUCGACAUUGGACUUGACAAGUGUUAUUUGAUAUUUCUAUAGUUUUGUGUUUAUUGUCUCGAGUUUUUUUCCCAAUAAUACCGUAUAGAUUUCAUUAAAUCCCUAAUUGACGAAAUCUUCCAAAUCGUUUUGUCAUAUACUGUGGAUUCAUGGGCAAGUUGCCUCCUGGUUUUCGGUUUCACCCGACUGAUGUGGAGCUAGUGAAGUACUAUCUGAAAAGAAAGGUAUUGGGGAAGAAACUCCAUUUCAAAGCCAUUGCAGAGGUUGAUAUUUACAAGUUUGCCCCAUGGGAUCUUCCAGAUAAGUCUCCUAUGAGAUACGGAGACCUGAAAUGGUACUUCUUCUGUCCGUCUGAGAAGAAGUAUGCAAGUGGGGCCAGAUUUAAUCGUUCCACAGAAUUUGGAUACUGGAAAACAACAGGAAGGGACAGGCCUGUUCACUACAAUAGUGAACUUGUGGGGAUGAUAAAAACGCUGGUUUUUCACCGAGGUAAGGCACCGAAAGGAGACCGUACAGAUUGGGUUAUGCAUGAAUAUCGCCUUGAGGAUAGGGAGCUGGCUGACAAUGGAGCUAUUCGGGUUGCGUAUGUUGUGUGUGUAGUUUUUCAAAAAGAUGGCCUGGGCCCCCGAAAUGGUGCGCAGUAUGGAGCUCCAUUUAGGGAGGAAGAUUGGAGCGAUGAUGAGGAGGAAGUUAAUAUUGGUGGAGCUGUGUCUCCUGGCGAAACCUCUACACCGGCCUUGUCUCUGCCUUUUAACCAGAACAGCUCCAUUGCAACAAGUUCGCAUGGCCUGGAAAGCAUGUUCACUGGGCCAUCUUAUGUUCCAUGUCCUCCAAUUGUUUGUCAUUCUGAUUGCGAAAUGCUUCCCCCUAUUACCGGGGACAGCAUGGUCUUGAUGGAGUCUGAAAGCCAGUGCAUUGGGUCACUUAGUGCUCCUCGUCUUACGGGUGGUGCUUCUUCUGGUUAUGAGAUGCUUUCUCCACUCUCUGGGAGCAACAUGGUCUUGGCGGAGUCUGUGCAGCCUGGGGAUGAUGAGAUUCUUUCACUAUUGGCUUCUUUCGCAGGACAAAAUGAUUUAUUUUUCAAUGAGAAUGACUAUGAGAAACUUGAUUGUUGCAAUGAUACUGGAAUUGUUGAAGCUGCACUGUGUUCAGAAGGAAUUGAUAUUUAUAAUGGAUUAGCUGACUUGAUCAAUUUUGAAGGGCCAAGCUCUAUUGGCUAUGGCAAUUUCUUUUCUGAUUACGAAACUGGGUUCCCUGCUCCUCGUAGCAAUGAAGAACCGUAUGUGGAGCUGAUUGAUCUGGAUAGGUCCUUUGGGGCUACUGAGUCCGAGUCAGGUAACCUGGGCAGUUUGAAUGGCCAAAGUUGUCAUGGCUAUGAUAUCAGUGCCGCUGGUGGUGAAGAAUCAUAUUUGGAGUUACUUGAUCUGGAUACCCCAUUUUAAAUCCUGCUAAUUCUUAAGAAUCAUAUUUGGAGUUACUUGAUUAAUUAUGUUUGUUUUAUUUGGAUAGAAUGUCUGCUGCGGGAUCUAUUACUAUUCUUGAGGUGUUCAACACUUUUAACUCAUUGUUGAUUAUCUAUGUUUCAAUUAUUUCGUUACAAGUAAGGCUCCGUUUGGAUGGGAGGAUAAAA